UAUUGCCGUUGAAAUCAUCGACUCAAGUGCGUUUCGAACAGCUUCAGCACGAAGCGGCGCGAGUGUGGAGAGAUAAAAGAACAGCAGCGACGGCGAAGAAAAACUAACGCAACCAAAGAUUCCUUGUUCAAAUUAGCCUGUCAAUAUGGCUUACACACUGUUUGUUAUAGAGAUUAUAUCAGCGUUCAUAUUAGCAGCUACAUUAUUGUACAGAUAUGGAGAUGUGUACAGAAAUCACAUAAUAGUGACAGUGGCUGUAGUUACAGCAUGGUAUUUCUCGUUUGUUAUUAUGUUCAUAUUGCCAUUGGAUGUGUCUUCGACGGUAUAUCGACAAUGCAUGCAAAACAGCAACUCAACGACAGUGGCCCCGAGUGUGUCGCCGCUACAGAAUGAGUCCACCACAACCGUCCCCCCAGUCACGAAAUGUCAGAAACCGUGGAGCUUUGUAGAUGACAGCGUGUUUCCUAAUCUCUGGAGGGUCGUCUAUUGGACUUCACAAUGUCUGACUUGGUUGAUAAUGCCAAUGAUGCAGUCAUACAGCAAAGCAGGUGACUUCACGGUUAAGGGCAAGCUGAAAUCAGCGCUCGUUGACAACGCCAUUUACUACGGCUCAUACUUAUUCAUCUGUGGCAUUCUGCUCAUUUACAUUGCCCUAAAGGGUGUCUCCCUGGACUGGGCCAAGAUCAAGGCUAUUGCGUCCUCAGCCAGUAACACAUGGGGUCUUUUUCUCUUGAUUCUUCUUUUGGGCUACGCCCUGGUGGAGGUACCAAGAAAUCUGUGGAAUAACUCCAAGAAGAAUUAUACUCUGACAUACACUUACUUCAAGAUAGCCAAGCUGAGUACCGACAAGUGUGAGGCGGAGGAAAAUAUGGACGACAUAUUGGAUAGUCUCUCGGCGAUCACCGCGGCCGUGGGUCCCGGGCACCCGCUGCACCGGCACGUGGAGACCAUCGUGCAGAAGCUGCCCGUGCAGCUGCGGGACCGGCUCAACAGCCGGCAGGCGCCCGAGCGGCCCGCAGCGCCGUCGCUCAAGUCGCUCGUCAACUUACAUAAGAAGAUGAUCAAAGCACUCCACGUGCUCCAACGCACCGAGACCCAGUGGGGCAUCACGCUGGAGCGAGUGCUCCAUCUAGAGGACGUGGCCACCAACCUGCGCUCGCCGGACCGCCGCUUCGCGCACACUUUCCAUACUGCGCGGCCGCGCGCGCUGCGGCUGCUAUACCCGCCCACUACUGAAUGGUACUGGGAGUGCGUCCUAAAGCAGUACUUCCUGAAGACGAUGGCGCUGGUGACGGGCGUCAUGUCGCUGGCGCUCGUCUGGUCCGAGAUGACGUUCUUCAGCAAGCAGCCCGUGCUGUCCAUCUUCGCCAACAUCCUCAACGCCGCCAAAUACACAUACAACUAUGCGGCCAUUGUCUGGGUGUCGACUCUGGUGAUCGCGUACAUGUUCUACUGCGCGUACUCGACCGUACUCAAGAUCAGACUCCUGAACCUGUGGUACCUGGCGCCUCACCACCAGACCAACGAAUACAGCCUCAUCUUCAGCGGGAUGAUGGUGUGCCGCCUCACGCCAGCCAUGUGCCUCAACUUCCUCAGCCUCGUGCAUAUGGACUCGCAUGUUAUUAAGGAGUAUGUGAUGGAGACUUAUUAUACCCAGAUAAUGGGUCACAUGGACGUCCUGGGCAUCAUAGCCGAAGGUUUCAACAUCUACUUCCCGAUGCUAGUGGUACUGCUGUGCGCGGCUACGUACCUCUCGCUCGGCAGUCGUCUCCUCUCGCUCUGCGGCUUUCACCAGUUCGUGGGCGACGACGAGUUGACCACAGACCUCGUUGACGAGGGCCGGGAGAUCGUCAAGCGAGAAAAACGCAAGCGGCAGCGCGCAGAAGAGUCUCUGACGCGGCGCCGCGACUACAGCGAGCGGUACUCAAACUACCGCACCAAGCGGGACAACCAGGAUGGAGCCCACACCGGGCUCCUACACGACGUGGACUCAGACUGCUACGUGCAACCGAGUCCCGAGCGAUCCCAACCGGUUUCCGCGUACCAGCGUGCGGAGUUGCCUUACAACCGGACGACGGUAGACGAUGAGUUGGACCAGAGGUUCGGUGCUAGCACGCUGCCCGCCAUACAAUCUGAGUUCGACGAGCGACGACGCGACAAAAUGAGCGCGCCGCCGCGAGGGCUGUUCGAUGACGUGUGAAGUGCA